AUGGCCGAUCGAGCAACUGGACCUCCGGGUAGGGAGUCCAGCCGACAAAGAGCAAUAAGGUAUUAUACCUUUCGAGUCUUAUCACUACCCACGGAACCCCUAGCUAUUCAGCCAAAACAAACCUUAUACCCAAGACUCUUAAGCCUCUCGAAAGGGCUAAAUAACGAGAUGUCGGGCAUCUUAUUUGACUUAAACGAGCUGCUAUACGCAAGGCCAAACAGUAAGAUCACGGCCCGAGCGAUAAUAAAGGACUUCUUGGAUGCGAAGUGUAGAAAGCUGAAGGAUUACGACUUUCUAAAAAGGAAGGAAAAGGAGGCCUUAAGCAGGAGGGAAGAAAGGGAAGAGAUUCGGAGGUUACGCGAAGAGUUUUUAAAGGAAAGGAGCGAUAUAGAACGAAAUAUGGAGGCUAUGGCAAAGCAAAUGGCGGAAUUACGGACCUACGCUAUACAAUCUAACGAAAGGCUACGACGAAGUACUUUAGCGUACUCAUCUUUAAUUCAUCAACCUUAUCAAUCGCUACGCAAUACGCUAAUUAUACAAGAAGAGCCAAAAUCAUCUCAACGACUUUUAAACCUUUUUCUUAAGGGCUACAGCCGAAUUUUCGAAAAACCAAGAUCGAGUAGUAACAAAAACGGUCUUAAGAUUAUCAUCGGACUAGACAACAAUCGAGGCUACGGGAGCUACACGCUAAAAGAGGACCCGCCAAAACCUAAAAGCAUUCCGGACAAAAUCAGCUCUUACCAAGGACAGCGUGCAGAUUUCCCGAUCUUGGCGAUAACCGACGAAAAGGAAACGGAAGAGAUUAGCAAGGAGAUCGAGGACACGGAUACGGAAAGGAGAUUCGGAAACGGACUUUUAAAAGACCUCGGAUCCGGAAAUGAGCCUCUUAAGGACCUUGAAAGAAGACGGACCAUCGGCAACUAUAUCGGUAACCCCGUACCGAUCCGACCAUUAGCCAAGCACAGCACGCUUGCGUACGGCACUCUAAGCGCUUUUAACGAUGAUAGAGACGAUUUCCUUGAGCUAAGAGCAACGGACCCUCACCUAAAGGCAAAGGAGUUGGCCUUGUUUGCAAGAAGCUUUCCUAAGGAACUGAAGUAUUCGGGACCCGACGAUGACUUCAAGACUCAAUUGAUCAAGAAAGAGAAUCCAGGGACCUCGCUUAGCGAGUGCUUUGAGAAGCUCGCUAAAGAGCUCAAGGGCAUUCAAGGCUCUCUACGACCAGGUUUGAAGGAUGAUCGAAGUCUUGCUGAUAAGCUGUAUUUAGCUUGUAAAAACGUGCUAAAGAUUACGAUUGCACGAAUGAAUCUUGCUUUUACCUCUACCGCGGCAGUUGCUAAUAUUCGUCGAGCAAUUGCGUUUGCUAUUAAGACCUCUCGACCUUUCGCCAAGGCUAGAGCUUACGCGAGCUUUAGCGAGCCACACGAUCACACCUGCUCUUAG